CCUCCUGUAGUCGGAAGUUGGAGUUGGAGUCGAUCGCAUUCGGCGUUUCAGUCGGCGCGGGGUAUAGCAUUUGUCGCGCAGUCCAGUGCAGUCGAAGGGGGCUAGUGGAAGCAAGAACACACGAGAUGCCAAUGGUGGGUGGCGAGCAGUCGCGCGACGUCCGUCAGAUAGAAAUGUGAACAGUGAUCAAUUGCCGUAAUGUGGUGCAGACCCGAUCGGUAUCAGUAAUCGUGGCUUGUAAACCUCGCUGAUGUGAUCUGUAAAAGGCAAAACGCGACAAAGUGCAGUGACUCGACGUUUGAUUGGUGGUGCACGCAGCAGCGGCCCUUCGCGCACACACACACAGACACACACAGAGGCACACAACCGUGAAGAUGGAUCAUCAGCAAACGGGUCGGAAGCAGGCGGCGAAUUCGCCGGAAGUGGCAAUGGCGAACGAGGUGUUCAAUCUGUUUUGCAGCGCGACCACCCUGAAGACGAUCCUCGGCCACUUCCGACACCUGUGCGAUCUGCUGAAGAUCAGAUCGAACACGAUCACCCAGUUCUACCCGAAGCUGAAGGGAAAGCUGCGAUCGUGGAAGGCGCAGGCCCUGUGGAAGAAGUUCGAUCAGAGGGCGAACCAUAAGUGUUACAAUCGCGGCAAAGCGUGUCCCAACACCAGGGUGUUGAUCAUCGGAGGUGGACCUUGCGGGCUUCGCUCGGCCAUAGAGGCGCAGCUGUUGGGUGCAAAAGUGGUGGUCGUGGAGAAGAGAGACCGGAUGUCCAGGAACAACGUGCUCCAUCUUUGGCCGUUCGUCAUACAGGACCUCCGUGGUCUAGGGGCGAAGAAAUUCUUCGGGAAAUUCUGCGCCGGAUCGAUCGAUCACAUCAGCAUCCGUCAGCUUCAGUGUAUCUUGCUCAAAGUCGCUUUGAUCCUAGGCGUCGAGUUCCACGAGAGCGUGAGCUUCGAUUCUCUGAUACCGCCGCCGGAAAACCAGGAAGAUGGCAAAAUCGGCUGGAGAGCGAAAACAACGCCCGCGGAUCAUCCGGUUUCCCAGUACGAGUUCGACGUGUUGAUCGGCGCGGACGGCAAGCGGAACACGCUCGAAGGUUUCAAGCGGAAAGAGUUCAGGGGGAAGCUGGCGAUCGCCAUAACGGCGAAUUUCAUCAACAAACGGACCGAGGCGGAGGCUCGCGUGGAGGAGAUCAGCGGCGUGGCUUUCAUCUUCAAUCAGAAGUUCUUCAAAGAACUGUACCAGGAGACCGGCAUCGACCUGGAGAACAUCGUGUAUUACAAGGACGAUACACACUAUUUCGUGAUGACCGCGAAGAAGCACAGCUUGAUCGACAAAGGAGUCAUUCUGCAGGAUCACGCGGACACUGCCAAAUUGCUCGCCAAAGAGAACGUGGACCGCGAGGCGUUGAUGCUUUACGCUCGCGAGGCAGCCGAAUUCUCGACGGAAUACCAAAUGAUGGAUAUGGAAUUCGCAGUGAAUCAUUACGGGCAACCAGACGUGGCCAUGUUCGAUUUCACGUCGAUGUACGCGGCGGAGAAUGCCAGUCGGAUUUUGGAGCGUCGCGGUCAUCGAUUGCUCAUGAUCCUUGUCGGCGACAGCCUGCUGGAGCCAUUUUGGCCGACGGGCUCCGGCUGCGCGAGGGGAUUUUUGAGCUCGUUGGACGCCUGCUGGGCGAUCAAGCAAUGGGGCUCCGCGAUGUCGCCCCUAGAAGUGAUCGGAGAAAGAGAAUCUAUCUAUAGACUGCUCGGACAGACCACUCCGGAAAACUUGAAUAGAGACUACGCCGCGUACACUCUGGACCCGCACACCAGAUACCCAAAUCUGAAUGUAUCCUCUGUAACGCCGAUACAAGUGCGAAGUCUCCUCGACACGGACGAUCCUGACAGCACCAAACAGCUUCCGCUACCGUCUGACGUCGAUAUUCCUAAGAAACGCCGACGUCGCGAUCUCCAUGGAGAUUCCCAAAUCCAUCCGGACAUGUUGCUCCGCUGGCUGCAAAAGCAGGUAGCUUUCUACGACUCGGUCAAGAUUCAAGACAUGGGCGUCUCGUUCAAAAACGGGCUGGCCAUUUGCGCGAUUAUCCACAGAUAUCGUCCGAAUUUGAUCGAUUUCCAUAGCUUGCAACCGGAAGACGUGGAAAAGAAUAACCAGCUGGCCUUCGAUAUACUUGAAAAAGAGUUGGGCAUACCGCCGGUAAUGACCGGAGAAGAGAUGGCUGAAUGCGACGUUCCCGACAAGCUCGCCAUGUUCUCCUAUCUGACACAGAUAUACGACGUCUUCCGCGGUGAAAUUCCUUACGUCAAACAUCCGAAAUUCGAGCCGGAGAACGAGGAAAGGCCAUCUCACAGCAAACAAUUGAGCCAAAUGACGCCCGAUCAAAAAGUCCAGUUGCUCGAACGAAUUGCCAGUCGUGAGCGAGAAGAGGGCGGAACGAGAACGAGACAUUCGCGAUCGAGACACAACGAAAACUUGAACCCCGCUGACAAAAAGGAAACUAUCAGUCGACGGUCUCGGAAGAGACGCAGCACGGAGAAGAUGGGCGCGACCGUUGAGGAAAGGCAGAAGAGACUGGCCGAUAUCGAAAAGAAUCGUGCUGAUCGCAUGCGAAGACGACAAUAUUUGCGAAAGAUGGCGACGCAGCAAUUCUACAAAAGUGUGCAGAUGCUGCAGGCGAACGCGAAACGCGAGAAAGACGAGCCGUUCGAAGAUUAUUCGAUAUUCUUGUACCGUCAAACUGCGCCGGAUUUCAAGGAUAGAGUGAAAUACCUUGAACAGAAAAUAUUAUACCCAGACAGAGAACCCAAGAUACAUGCUGGUCAUCGUAGAAAUAGCAUAGACGAAGAGUUCUCCGGGAGAAUAAAAAAUAUCGAGGACAAAUUGAAGGGUUCUGGACCGUCCGAGAAGAAACCGAGGGAUCUUCUACGCGCAAUUGGCAAGAUCGAGAAAACUGACUGGAACGUGAAGGAGAUCGAAAAGAAAAUCGAAGAGAGUAAAAUGGGUCGAUCGGUACGGCACGAAAAAGUAGAACGGGUGCCAAAAUGGAGUCGAGAACAGAUGUGUAUAUGCUUGAUUCAGUUUUUAGCUCGACAAAUCAAGAUGGAGAAGAAGGGGCGUGAUCAGAAGGAGUCAGAUAGUAAGUACGCUGAUAUUGACAAUACCCUGAAGAAUAUAGACAAGAAGAUCAAAGAGGGUAAUGUGCUCGGGUACAAUAAAGUCUCGGCUAUGGCCGAACAAUUUUCGAAUAAAAGUCAGGACGCGGAGCCCAAGGUGCAGAAAUCGAACGUUAAGCCUACUGUAACGUUGCCUGCUCAAGGAGGUUCGGAGAUGUGUCAUUUCUGCAACAAAAGAGUUUACUUGAUGGAGAGACUAACCGCCGAAGGGAAAUUCUUCCAUAGAGGCUGUUUCCGUUGCGAAUACUGUUCUACCUCGUUAAGAAUAGGAAAUCACACGUUCGACAGAGAAAAAAAUGGCGGGAGAUUCUAUUGUACGCAACACUUUGGUUUUCCGGGGACGAUAAAAGCUCGCGUAGAGAAGAAGAGGCUCACUUCGUUGAACAAAGAAAACAUACCCCUCGCAUCUAUAAAUGUAAAAACACCGGAAAAGGCAAAAACGCCUUUGGAGGGCGUCGUUGGGCUCGAUUUGCUCGACCGUGGUCAAACACCCGAGAGAAUAGAAUUUGAAAAUUUGGCGGGCAUAUCGGACGCCGAAGAACCGCAAAGUCAAAUGGACGAAGACGAAUGGACGGAUAGAAAUUUCGGUGCGUCCACUGCGGAAAUGGGUUCUAGCGACGAUAUAUCGGAUAUGAGCGACUCGGAGGAUGAUAACGAAGUAUACGAAGAAGCGAUAGAUCAGCCCUUGACGACCGAAGGAACCCUUGAGCUCGCCAAAAAUUGGACGUUACGGUAUUCUCAUCCUCAUGCUGCAAUGGGACAAUCGGAUACGGGCAGCAAUGAGUACGAAGACUCUAGCAACGAAUACACGAACGAAGAUGAGGAGAGUACUACGGCGACGGAAGAUGAAGAGGACAUACGCGCUCGAGAACUUAGGAAGCAAGAAGUAUGGUUGAAGCAUCCUACUCGCAGUUCCGACACGGAUUCUGGUUCGGAAACGGAGGUUGCCUCGAAUGAUGGAACGUCUGAAGAGAGCGAGGAGAACUCAGCCACAGAAAUAUCAACAGACUCUGAAUUCGAGCACGAUGGAGCGACUCCAACCCAACACGAGAUUCCAGAGAUCACAAUUAACGAUUCUUACAUUAGGAAAACCAGAGGAAAUUACGUAGAACCGAGGAGGGUUCAAGUGAAAAGCAAAGUUAUAUCGUCGAUCAAUGGAAAUUUGAAACAGGCCGCUGAGACAAAUUUGAAAUCGCAGCUAAAAACGACGAACCACCCUGUGAAUUCUUCUCAUCCGGAGAAGGAAAGUAACUCGAACUUAUUGGGGUCCAAUAACGCAAAUCGAGUUCCGCUAAUAAAUCCAAGAAAAGGGGACUACUUGUUGAACCGAACACAUUCAACAGAGUGUAUCGCCUCGAAGUUGUCUUUGGAAUUGAAAAAGAAAUAUUUACUUGGUGGGUCGGCUUUCGGUGGAUCCGUCAUGAAAUCUGGAUCGGCGUCGAACGUCGAUACACAGUUGCGGAAUCUGACAGAUGCCAUUUCCCAACACCAGAAACUCCUGAACCCAGCUCCCGAACCAAGCCCAACGAUGCAAGCAUUUUUACAAGGAACUAGCAAACUAAGGUCUAACAAUACGCAACUGUCUCCGAUAUCCCCCACAGCUGUAUUUUCUUCUAGCACUGUACGACCGUAUACAGUCAAUUCUUCGACUCAGCAUUUGCUGAAUAACGACAACCCCAUUUACAAGGCAACAAUUUUGCCAGAAAUCUCGAAAAUCCAGUUGCCGGAUUUGGUGAAAGAGUCUAGCAUUCUGAAGUCGAAAACUGCCCCCAAUAUUGUCUGCAGCGAGUCGAAAAAUGUAACAGAGAAGGAGCUUCAGAAGGAGCAAGUUGUACCUAGUCAAGUUAAAAGUACUGCAAUUUUAGAGAACGUGAAAAAUUCGCAAAUUAUAGAUAAUAAUUUCACAGGGAGUACAGAAGAGAACAAUGGUUUUAGGCCGCGUAGCCCAUUGCACGAAACGUCGAUUAUUGUGCCCCAAGUGAACUGGAAUAAAAACAAGGAAGAAACGAAAGAUGCAGCUAGCACCGGCGACUCGGAGAUAGACAGCGACUCGUUGUCUUCUAGCGACGAAGCGGAAGAAGAGACGAAGAGUCAGCAAGUGGUUGCCAUGAAUCUGUCUCCUCCACGAUUGCAAAUUCAUAGCACGGACGGAGAUCUGCUAUUGGACGAAGAAGCUGACAAGUGCAAAGAUUUCGAUGACGGUCAGUCGUUCGAACCUGACUCUAUAGAAUGUUCCCUAUUACGAGAGAAAGAAUUGAAUCAAAAAACAAAUGCUCGCGACACUGUUCCUUGUGCGAAUAAGACGUCCGUUGAACUGGAAAUAGUGAAAAACGAGAUUGAACAGUUAGAGUUGCAAGAUGACGGCAAGAAAGGCUUUAGCAAUUGCAGUAGUCCGAUAUCAGUGGCCUCUACUAUAUCCAAUAAAUGCGACGAUUCCGAGGAGAAUGAUGUCACUACGGCAGCACUCACUGAAACCGAGUUCUCGGAAUGGGCUCGAGAUGGAGAAGUUUUAGCUUCGGAUGAUCUACGAGAUGCAGAAUUCAACAUUAAUCCAGAAUUUAUCACCACUAGGAAAACAUUAUCGAACUCUACAAAAUUAAAUUACGCUCCAAUCACGAUAGCUAAGGAGGAAGACUUGACAGAUAUGGACUUGGAUUCCUUUAAAAUCGACAAGAAACAAAGUAUACCGGUCAACAACACUUCUCAACUUUUGGCAAAUGGUGAAAACAUAGAUUUUAUGGAUACGGAUAAUGAUUCCUUAUUGGACGAUAGUCUACGGGAUGCGUCCAAUAUGGUUAUGCUCAAGAACAGAGGAUACGUUGAGUUUGUGAAUAUUAAAAGCACUCCGGCACGUACAAGCUCCGAAGAUAAACUGACCGCUGAUGCUCCCAUAGCGAAAUUGGAAAUGGAGAAUGACUCGUAUUCGGAAGAGGAAGGUUACGAUGACAGAAAUGUCAUAGAGAUAAACCCGGUCACUAUGGACGAUGUCAUGAACAAGCUAAACAGUACAAUAAAUAAAUCGGAAGAUGAAGUUCAGGUGAACGCAAACUCAAAAUUAAACAGCGAACAAGAUCAACUCAUUACGGAAGCAACGAACAAAGAAAUGUAUCCUUCGAUGGAAGAAGAUAGCCUGCUCAUCGUUGAACCAGCCGAAGAUACUACCACUAGCGAAGUGAUUACAAUCCUUGCCAGCCCAGUUAAUCCACAAGUGUCGAUAGUAUCAAAUUUACAUUCUCAGUCGCAACAUGUUCAGACGCAAGGACCGGCAAAUCAGGAAGAACAAACAAAACCGUUAGCAGAUUCCAGCAAUCCAGAUUAUUUGGAAUACGUAAAGCGUCUACAGUCUAGAAUCGCAGAGUUUAGCAACGCGAAAGACUCUAUAGAUGUCAGGAAAUCGAAGAGAAAGAAUUCGAAGUGUUCCAUACAAUCUCGUACGGCUGAAAUGAUAGCGGAAGAGAUCAAGAGUCAGGAAGCCGUAGUGAACAACAGUUUCAAUUCUCCAGUUACCUCUAGAAAAUUGGAAGAAAUUACUAGAGAAAGGUUCAAGCAAAAGAACGUAAUACAGGAUUUAUUAAUGGAUAAACUGGAAGCGCACAAACAGAAAUCUGCGGAAAAGAAAGCAAGAAGAGCUGCCAGAGCCUCCUCGUUCAAUUCUACACCUGGUCUAUCACCUAUAAAGCCGCCUCUUCCUAGCGGUUCUUCGGUUAGUAAAUUUAUACCUAGUUCGAUCGGAACACCAACGAGCAGUCCACUGCGAACCACUUGUACCGAAACGGACAAAUUAUCGUCGAAGACUGCAAUAACUGGGGAAUCUCGACGAUAUUUAUGGAAGUUGGACAAUGAAACGGAUAAAAAUAUUGAGAAAAAUAUCGACGAUGUUGAAUCGGUAGGCGAAUCGGUAUAUAACGAAACAGAGAAUGCUUUUAAAACACCAGUAGCCCCGCCCAGAUUGAAGCACGAGGAAGCGAAAAGAACCGCUGAGAAAGCAAGGCAAGAUGCUAGAGAACGAGCUAGAAUGAUGAGCGACGAAGAUCUAGGUCUCAGUCCAGAAGACAAGAUGAAACAAUUAAGAAUGAAAAUGGCACGGAGGCAACUGUCUAUGGAAGAGAAAAAAAGUAAAGAGGAAACACAAGUGGGACCUCGUGCCAGGCUUUACGAUGCUGGAGUACAAAAAACUGGUUUGAAAUUACAGACAAGUAAAAGUACAGACAAUAUGAAAGCUGUUGCAGAAGCAAUAAACUUUGGAGGAUUGUGCGCUACCAAUGCAAAAUCGAUGGACGAGUUGUUGCGUGCUGGUGAAUCUCUAAAAUCUGACAAUUCUAUAGUAGUCGUGAAAAGAGAUAAAAAACAAAAGUCGAAAGACCCGGAACGAAGAAAGAGUAUCAUUCAAGCGGUAUCAGACUUUUUCUUCAAAAAGGAUACUUCUCAGUCACCGACCAAUCAAAAAGACAAGUUGUCUAUGUUCCGUCUGACCACUAAAUCGAAAGGCAAAUUAUGUAAAUCGUAUUCGGAAGGGUCUGAUCUUGAUAAAGUUACACCGCCAAAGAUUAGUACAAGACCAAAAAGUGUAUGUGAAGGAAUGUUAGCGAGGAAGUUUCUAAAUGAAAAUCCACCGCCAAUUCCACCACCUCCACUUAACUACACUAUUCCUACUACAUACGUAUCAGAUGAUAGUUUAUCAGAAGACGACACAAAAACAACAGCAGUAUCUACAUCGUGCAUGCUGAAGGCCACUGUAACCGAAGGAUCAUGUAAUAGCGUUUCUCGAAAAUCAAAAACUACAAAACGGAUAGCUAGGCAAGCACAAUUAAAAAGAUUACGAAUGGCUCAAGAAAUUCAAAGGAAAUUAGAAGAGACUGAAGUUAAACAAAGGGAACUAGAAAGCAGAGGGGUCAGCGUAGAAAAAGCUUUGCGCGGAGAAGGAGAAUGUUCCGAUCGAGAAGAAGCAGAUCUGCUCACCGAAUGGUUUGACUUAAUGAAAGAACGAACCGAACUUCGUAGAUACGAGAAAGAACUUUUAGUACGAGCUCAGGAGGUCCAGCUUGAAGACCGCCAUGACAGACUACAACAAGAACUACGGGAACGCUUAGCUGACGAUGAUGACAAGAAAACUAGCGACGAUGUGAAGAAGGAAGGGGAAAUUUUGACAGAAAUGUUGGAAAUAGUUGCGAAGAGGGAUUCGCUCAUCGCCCUUUUAGAGGAAGAGCGACGAAGGUAUCAAGACGAAGAUCGCGACCUUGAAGCUCAAAUGUUGGCUAAAGGCCUCAGAUUAACUCCAAUAAAAAAAUGUGGUCCUAAGUAUUCGGUUUAAUAGGAAGCACAUUAAAUGUUGUACAUAAUACUCCAUUCUCUAUUUUCAUUGAUGAAUUUUAUCAUUAACUGAACUAACAAUUCUGUAAAUAAGAAGAACAGGUAGUAACUUAUAUAAGUUGCAAAUAAUUUUUAUGCAUACAGGAUACACAUGGAAUUAUAAGUCUUGUUCGCGCAUAGAAACAGAUCAUGCAAGUUAACACUUUUACAAGCACGGACCAAACAUUCUGUUUUUAAAUCGUUUACAUUAUAAAUCGUAUGUAGCAGAUUUUUUUUAUUUAAUAUCAUUCGCAUCGUGUGUACUCUUUUCAAAGUCCAUCGUUCGUUUACAGUAUACACAGUUUGUAUUAUAUUAACCGUGUAAUUUUCAAAUUGUCCAAACAUAUGGAAUUGUGUUUAGUAAAUGAACUUCGUUUCUUAAAACAUAAUAAGGUAAUUAUGUUGCUUAAAACAUAAGGUAAGACGAAUCACGAGUAAUAAUACGUUUAAAAAUAUUUAUACGACCGUAAUGGAAAUAAUUGCACCACGCAUCGUGCAAACUGUACAAAAAACACAAUGUGACAUACGGAUUUUAAAAAAUAUCUUGUGAAUACAUAUAUAUUUUGUCAGCGUGAAAUAUUAUUGACCAUAGAUAUGAAAUAAUUUAUCACAGGAAAGAUCAUUCUGCCUUUUCGUGUACAUCAAUCAAAAAAUGUAAUCAUUAUACGUACACGUAUAUAAACAUGAAAUGUUGUAUUUUGCAAUUUAACAGAGUAACUAAAAACGAAGUGAUAAUAGAAAAUAUCGUUUACACACGUGCAUCAUAUGUAUAUUCUAUAAUUCAAUAAGAUGUAGAAAUCUAUUUUUAUGUUUACAAAGAGACUGGUAAACGAAAUGUACGAAGAAUUAUGAAAUAAUACUAAGUCACAACCGUGUAAAAUUUUGUAUGAAAUGUAAUCACAAUCGGAAAUGAAAACUUAUAUUUAUAAUCAGAAUAAGAUUUUGAAGUAAGCCUCUGAUUUCCUUGCUCUAUUCAACAUAUAAAUAUUUAUUUAAAUAUAUAUGUAUAGUUUAUACAUAUCUUGAUUUGUACAUAUUUACACACAUACACAAAUGCAUAAUAGUUUACAUCGUUAGUUACAUACAUCGAAAGCAAGCUGCCAAUUUUUAGCCUCAGGAGUUAGACAUUAGACUAAUUAAGUGACGUAGAAUGAUAUAAUAAUAUUUAAAAAAUAAAUAAAUAAAUAGAAUCGAUAGAAAAGUUUCCCUGUAAACGUUGCUAAACAAAAUCACGAAAUACAAGUUGAAAAUGUAGCAAUAGAUUAAUCAUAAAAAUUUAAGUGAACAUAACAUGUAAAAUUAUUUUCAUGUAAUAAUAGUGAUGCUAUUAUAGAUGUGCUGAUAAAAUAUACGUAUUAUCAAAUAUUUAGGGCAGAAUAAAAGUUAAAGCGCAUUAUCGUUGAACAUGAAUCGUUGCCUGGUAAUAACAAUUCGAAUUGAAGACUUAAUAUAUACUAAAUGUCAUGGUAUCGUUUAGAGCUCGCACGAUCAACAAGAUACACCAGUUGAAACAAAGAAUUCGAUAAGCUUAAAAUUCAUCGAUCAAUUUUAUUUUUAAUGUAUCCACGCUGUCUAGUUCAGUACUAGUCUCCUUUCGGAUUUCUACUGUACAAUAUACAUAUAAUAUACGGCUUAAUGCUACUUAAUUUAAUGGUCAUUUUUACUAUCAGAAUAUUUUAUCGAACAUUGUGCCUCAUAAUUCUAAAUGAAUUAACUAAUUUCUCCAGACUCUAAAAUACAAUAUUGCACCAUAUUUGAAGGAACUGUAUUAUCAUUUUAGGAACCACGUGUGCCUAGAAACUGGAAUUGUGCAACAUAUGUAAUUGAAAAGAAAUGUAAAUUGGGAGCUCAUGUGUUCAUUUUAAGUUUUUAUGAAUCCUAAUGAAACUGUGUAAUUUUUUACAAAUAAAGCUAGUCUCUUACAAAAGAAUGAAUAAAACCAUUGAAAA